AUCUUCACUGCUAUGUAUCUUGAUUCCUCCAUACUCCAUUUCCUGUUCUUGAGAGAAGAGAUCAUAUAGAGCCAUAGCCAGGGCGCCUGAAAGUGAGGAGUAGCCGGCGACCAAGAAUUUCAGAGGUUUUGAAGAAUCGCUUAUGCACAACGGACACUAGUGUAAGAAAACAUCAUGCUGCGUAGCAGAGUAGGGGCGGGAAGGAGGCAGCAGGUUGAAGUUGGAUCGCCAUGGGGAGAUUUGUGUCCGGAUAUCUUGAGCUCCAUAUUCGAAAAGUUGCCUCCGAACCCAGGAGCUGGCCGCUUGCAAUUCAGAUCAGUAUGUAAAAACUGGCGUCAAAUACCUCAUCGCCACGCCGAGAAAUCCCCUGCUUCUCGGGCUCCCCUGAAGCCGCCAAUGUCGGCGGAAAUCCCCAGCAAGAUCCGCGAAGAAUUGAGCUGCGCAUGUAUUCGAUAUAGCUGGCCUGGGAGCGGAUGGUUGCUUCUGUCAAUUAGUGGUGUUGGAAUCAUGGGGCUUUUCAAUCCGUUCUUGCACUGGCCUACUAGCUUCGUUCGGCUUCCUGCUCUGCCUCACUCUGUUUCACAGCCACCGUCAAAAGCUGCCUUCUCCGCCCCACCGACCGAUCCCGACUGGACCAUCUUCCUCGUGCGGGACAGCUGCAGCUUCAGCACGUUCCGGCGCGGCGAGCUGCGGUGGAGCGAAUACACUUGCGGAGGGAAAGGGGACCGCCGAUUUUGCGAAGGGAUCGGGUACAGGGAAGGGAGCUUCUUUUGCUUGUUCGAUACGGGAUAUGUUUUGAUCUUCGGAGUUGGUGCCGGCCGGCGGAUGGGAGCGAUGCUGGUGGCUGUAGCUGCUCCUCCGGCGAUGGUGAUGCUGGCGAGGCAGAAUCGUUUACGUGUUGUGGCAGCGGCAGCGGGAUCAGAUGGGGAAUUUCUGGUGAUGAGUUGGGGCAGAGGAGGCGGUGGCAGCGGGAUCCGGUUGCUGCGCAUUGAGAGGAAAACAGGGGAACAGUUGCAGGAUGGGCGCGGGUGGGGAUCAGACAUUUUAGUGAAGGAGUGGGCGAGCGUGACUGUUGAGGAAACGAGCUUGCCUCCAAUGGUUGCCGAUGUUCUUGAUCUUUGCCCAAGGUUUUUAGCUUUCUACAUUGUUUUGUUCUUCCUUUCCCUUCACCUUUUCUUCAUGUGGGGGUGUAAAUAUUGACGCGAACAAAAUUUGCACUCGCCAAAUUUUCAAGGAUUGAAC